AUGAUCCAGGUCCCACCACAACUUCGCCCUCAAUUCGGUGCACCUCCUCAUCAUCCACAAUACGUGCCAAAUGGCCAGGUGCCUGGAGCUCCCCCUCAGCCAGUACAGCUUCCACCGCAACAAAAGAUCAUUGAGAAGAGUGGAGUGCGGAUCUUGUGCAUUGCGGAUGUUAGAGGAAAUCUCAGGUCUUUAAACGAACUUGCGAAGAAAGCCAAUGCAGAUCAUAUCAUCCACACUGGUGAUUUUGGGUUCUACGAUAAUAGCUCUUUAGAAAGAAUUGCCGACAAAACGCUACGACAUGUGGCUCAAUAUUCCCCCCUUCUCGACGAACGUCUUAAGAAGAGCAUUCAGAGCCCCGGUGCAAGCCAUGUACCUAUCAAACAACUCGUCGGAGCUGAGCCGAACCCUCUUUCCGAACUUCCUCUAUUCCUCUCAGGAACAUAUACCUUAGAUGUUCCUGUUUACACGGUUUGGGGAGCAUGUGAAGAUGUUCGCGUUCUUGAAAAAUUCCGAUCAAACGAGUACAGAAUCAACAAUUUACAUAUCAUUGACGAGGCCUCGUCGCGGCUUCUAGAUGUUGGUGGUGUUAAGCUUCGGUUGUUGGGUCUGGGAGGUGCUGUUGUCAUGCAUAAGCUAUUUGACAUUGGAGAAGGGAAAACCACGAUCGCCGGAGGACAGGGAACAAUGUGGACCACUCUCUUACAGAUGGGAGAUCUGGUAGAUACAGCGAACCGAGUUUACGACGCUGCAGAAACCCGAAUUUUCAUUACGCAUGCCUCACCCGCCCGCGAGGGACUGCUAAACCAAUUGUCAGUUACCCUCAAAGCGGAUUUCUCAAUUUCUGCUGGUUUGCAUUUCCGUUACGGUAGCUCGUAUAACGAAUUCAGUGUCAACCCAUCCUUAGAUCAUUAUCGUGGAAAACUUGCUUCUUCUAAAGCAUCUUUCAAUGAUGUAUGGGAAACCGUCAAAAACGAGGUUCUUGCUGCUGUACAACAAAACACCGCCCAAAACAAGCUUCUGGAAAACGCAUUAGCAAUUGUGGAUAAGAUGCCGACAAGUUCAAACGGAGGUAGCCCAUUUGGCGGCCCCCCAGCUAAUGCUGCUCCUGGUGCUGGCCAGGUUGAUGAGUCUGCAUUCAAGAAUAUGUGGAACUUCAAUCUGGCUGACGCAGCAUUUGGCUGGCUGGUCUUGGAGGUUGAGAAUGGAAGAAUUGGAACCGAAAUGCGAGCACAAGGUUUCAACUUUCAUCAUAGGGGAGGGAAACCUCAGUUACCGACUCAGCAGCAGCAGCAGCAGCCAAAGCCUACAAUGGCACCAACUACUUCAGCGGCCCCGCCUAGCACAGAUUCUGGUCCGGUGAACGUUAGCGUUCCUUCUAUCCCAACUACCAACAAUGCAAAUGCGCCUAUUAGCCCAGCAGUUCCACCUGUAGGUCCGAGAAAGCAGACCCAGAACCAAGGUGUGCAACAACCUGCAGUGCCCCCCCCAGUGCCGAAGCAACCGACUCCACCUCCCCCCCAGGAAGAGUCUCUAGUGGUAAAACCUGCAACCCCACGACCAGCACCAAGUGGUCCUGCUGCGGAUAGGGUUCCUACUCCCUCGGUGGCUCCUGUUGCUCCCUUGCCAACAGCCGUACCAGCAGCCACACCAGCAGCCACACCAACAGCAGAGAAGACACCUACCAGUAACGGGACAAGUCCCGCAUCAGUCCCCCCCGCACUACCGAAGGUCGACACUCCUGCAGCUUCAGCUCAAAAUACGGCCCCCACCAGUUCUCAGUCGCCAUUAGAAAAGACCAAGCAAACCGGUCUAUACAUUUCUGGAGUUCUCACCGAGACCGAGGCUCGCCAAACCUUCCCACCCGAAGAUGAAUGUCGUAUUCUCCGCGUUGAAGAGAAAACCUCUAGGACCAGAAACCUUUUUAAGUUCUACCUCGUAUAUUUUGAAAGUAUGGAAGUGACGAAGGAAAUUCUUGACAAGUUACCCGAGGACUUGAAAUCAGGGCCACCAGGUCAGCGCAACGGCAAGCCGUAUGUGAAAAUGAUGCAGGAUGAAUUCACCCCUGGCGAUCGCAUAUCAAGUGGCAACCGACCUGGUAUGAACGAUAGUAGGUGGGGUCGAGGACCGGCUGUUGGCGGAAAUACUAGCGAAAGCGACAAUAAUAUGGGGGGCGGCUAUAGAGGCCGCGGAAACUUUGGUGGAAGGGGAAAAUCUAGGGGAGGGUACGAAGGGACCAGAGUAUCCAGAGGAAGGGGUAAGAGGGGUUUUCACAGUGGUGAUGGAGGUAGCAGUGCCACAACACCUGCCGAAUAG